AUGACAAUUGACAUUGAAGUUAUUUUGGUGGUACGCCUGCUCUGUCUUUCAUAUUUUUAAAGUCAAGAUGGCUCGGGGACCUAAAAAGCACUUGAAGCGUUUAAAUGCGCCGAAAGCAUGGAUGUUGGACAAAUUGGGAGGUGUAUUCGCACCCCGCCCGUCCACCGGUCCUCACAAACUCCGAGAAUCGCUACCCUUGGUGAUUUUCCUAAGAAACAGGCUAAAGUAUGCUCUCACUAACAGCGAGGUAACUAAAAUAGUUAUGCAAAGACUUAUCAAAGUCGAUGGAAAAGUCAGGACCGACUCCAACUACCCCGCUGGUUUUAUGGAUGUUAUCACCAUUGAAAAAACUGGUGAAUUUUUCCGUCUCAUCUACGAUGUGAAAGGAAGAUUUGCUAUCCACCGUAUUACUGCCGAGGAAGCUAAAUACAAGCUUUGCAAAGUUAAGAGGGUUCAAACCGGUCCCAAAGGAAUUCCGUUCUUGGUUACCCACGAUGGUCGUACGAUCCGUUACCCUGAUCCCGUCAUCAAGGUAAACGACACAAUUCAAUUGGAGAUCGCUACAUCUAAAAUUCUCGAUUACAUCAAGUUUGAAUCUAACAACUUGUGUAUGAUCACUGGAGGUAGAAAUUUGGGUCGUGUCGGUACGAUUAUGAACAGGGAACGUCAUCCUGGAUCCUUUGAUAUUGUACAUAUUAAGGAUGCCAACGGUCAUGCCUUUGCUACUAGGUUAAAUAAUGUAUUCGUAAUUGGUAAAGGAGCUAAAGCUUUUGUGUCUCUUCCAAGAGGUAAGGGUGUGAAGUUGUCCAUUGCCGAAGAAAGGGAUAAAAGGCUAGCAGCAAAAACACACUAAACAUGUGUUAAUUAUUAUUUUCAAUAAAACUUGUGAAAAGAGUUAAUA